AUGUGCAUAUGUGUGUCUGAAUGUGCAAACGUUCCCCCAGGUUCGCCAUUUGCUGGAGCCAGGGCAUCCCAUAUAUGCGGUGAAGCUGAUACGUCUACAGCUUGCAAACAUCCUGUAUCGUACAAAGAAGACGGCCAUUCGCAUCUGGUUUGCGGUGUCUGCCGAUUGUGCUGCAGAUAUUAUACGUGGUGGUGUGAAGAGCCGCACUUCUUGCCAGUUGCAGACGGGGAAGGCAUCGCUCCAGGUGCUCAGAGGCAGCGUGAGAAGAAGGCGACUGGAGGAGUCAAGAAAGGCGCUCGAAAAAGACGUCACAAACGAGGGGGGGGCACACGACUCGUCCCUGAGGAAGCGCUUCUUGGCAGGGAUGCUCCUAGGAGAGGAAGAAGAGGAACCACUGAAGGAGAUGCUGUGCUCACUUCUGCGGUGAGCAACCUACACAACCCCUACACACCAAAAAACACGCACUUCGAGGAACUGUCAAAGACACACUGUUGGGUGCUGCGUAUGUGGCUGGCGAGGGAUGCCAAUGAUGCGGGAGCAGCAUGCGUUGAAAUUUGUGGGAAGAAGGGGGCAGCGUGGUUAGGUGAUGCAAGGGCGUCAUGGGCUUUAGCAGAGCUGAGUACGUUGUGCUCUGUCUGCUUUGCUGUUACGCAGCGGAGAGCCUUGGAGGGGUCUCUCCUGGCGUCUUACCGUUCGGGGUGUCUGUCUGAAGAUGACUAUGGCAUUUCGAGGAGCAGAAAGAAGGCGGCAGCUGCUGCCGCCUGCCUCGCUGCUGCAGCUGGCAGGGAGGGGCCUUUGACUGGGGAGGAGACAGACUCCGAGGAUAAUGUUGCAGUGUCUGCUGGAGAGAAAGUGGCGCAAAGGAGACUUCAUCCUUGCAGACGUCGACGUCGGCACUUGCUGCGUCAGUCUUCUUCCUCCCUGCGUCGUGUCGCAUCAAGCCCUCCAGUGUCUUCUUCGGGGGGGGGGGUGCAUGUUGGAGGAGAAGACUUUGGCAGUAGCGGCAGCACGCAGUCUGUACAGCGGAUCGAGGCUGGGCUGUGGAGGUGCGACGCUGCUGUGGGUGCGUGGAAACUUCGUCGGAGGCGUCGCGCCGCGGCUGCUGCUGCGGCUGCUGCCGCAGCGCGACGCUUGCGGCGGAAGCAGCAGAACGCAGCAGGCUCUGCAAGCGGAGUCAGACCCCCUCCCCCCAUGGGCGACUGCGCACUCGACGAGAGGCAAGAAGAAUCGGAUGCCAGCCGAGAGAGUCUAGGUCGCUCUGGGGUGCUGCAAAAAGACGUGCAAGCGCCUCUCCAAGAGCCAGAAGAAGAGGCGUCGUCGCCGACGGUGGCCUUUGUUAGAGCUGGAUUUGUUCAAGCAGCUGAUGAAAGGGAUCCGAGACAUCCACGAGAGGUGCCCUCGCAUUCUUUGAUGCUUGAGCGCGAUAGUGCUGCUGCUCUUGCUUCGACUCUGAUUCUUCUUCCUCCUCCAGAACGCCAAAAAAUCCCGGCUUCUCCCUCCACAUCUCCAGCCCUUCCCCCCCCGAUUCCCCUCUCCUCGUGCUCCUCUGUUGCUGUCUGUGCCCUAGUUGCCGCCACCAUAUGUUCUCCACACUCCCUCCCUCUCCUGCUCACCAAUGCAGCGCCUUAA